UGCUAUCUCAGGAGCAGUGUAGGCGGUGUAGGAGAAGGAAGAGGUGCUGUGAUAAGGUCAGAACUUCUCACAUCUCUGUGCUGAUAAAGCAGGAGCCAAAGCAGAACAUCAAAGAGGUCGGGUCACGGAGGCAGAAGCCUAAGCAGGGAGGUCCAGACUUCUCUCUCCCCAGGUACUUGGGCCAGCUCCUCCAAGGGAAACCCGAGGUGCCCUGGCCAGCCGAGGAGUAAAGAACACAUCCUAACCAGUUGCCCGAGCCACCUCAACUGGCUCCUCUCUAUGUGGAGGAGCUAUCCAAAGCUCAUGACCAAAGAUCCUGCUCAUCUUCUCACCUCCAGCCAUGCUCAGCGCCUCGCUGAUUUUUAUCUUGAGAGGCACUGUAGAAAUGAUACUUUCUUCUUCUUCUUCUACUCUUGGACCUCUCACCAGCCUGCAUCUCCCUCCACGUAGUCACGCUCACCACCACCCAUCCACCCUCCCUGGAACCCCUCUUGCCACUUGGACCCCGCCAGCUCAGACCUGACAACCCCUUCACAUGCAGUCUCCUCAAGCUGCCCAAUGGAGAGAAAUAUAGAAGUAAGUGUGAGAGAAAACGAGAGACUGGUUUCACUGGUUCUCACCCAGACGAAUGUCUACGAGAGGUAAAAGGAAACGGGCAAGUGGAGCAGAACCGAACCAGAGGGCAACCUGGAGUCUGUCACUUCUGGGCCUGGAAACUGAAGUUCAUGGGGACAAAGCGCGUGUGCGUGCUGAAGAAGCAGCAUUUUCCCAUGAAGUUUAGCAGAAAUGUGCCGUUUCCACAUUCCUGGCUAACAAGGCAGCCAAGAGAGGCGGGAGACCACGGAAAAAUGGAGCAGUUGAGUCAAAGAUCAACCUCAUGAGAGCGCCCCCGUGGCUGGGACGUGUCAUCAUUAGAAGUGAUUGAAGCUGACCAUCAUGCAUCACUGAGGAGUUGUGAAAACCUGCCAGGACUGAGUUCAGAUUACGAUGUCCUUGCCCAGAUGAUGACAGCACUCGCCCAAGUAAAAAAAAAAAAAACAUUGGGCUGGGAUGUGUUAUGUCUGAUGAAUAUACAAAUAAAGUGAUGCACAGUGAUACACGGUUGAUAUCAUAUUAUCAGUUAUCUAUUUAGGCCAACUGCGACUGCGCAUGAAUUUUUUCAAGCUCCUUCAGGUUUGGACCAGAGGCUGCUGCUGCGCGGAGUGCGUGGAUUCAGAUGCCCUCGACCCAGUAAUGUUGGUGAUACGGACCUAAUUUGGGUUUCAGGAGCUGAUGUUGAACAGAAAAACCUUCUCAGUAAAUAAUUCUGAGGACAGUAAAGGCGUAUUUGCGUUAAUUGUUUGUUAACACUGAUUCCCUUAAAUGCCGCUCUUUUAAACACGACAAACACACCGACUAACAAACUCGGACAUCUCUGGUGACUCAGUUUGAACAAAUAUCCAUCUGCAGCCGUUUCUCCCAUUAAAAACGCUCGACCCCGACCCGCUGAUCAACCAGAGGCAGAGAGAAAGAACAAACCUCCAACAUCUUUAUUAAUGUGGACAGAAACCACAGCAACACGUCAUUUUACCUGCAGUUAUCCUGACCGAAGUAACAUUAAACUUCUAAGAGAAAAAGAAAAACAUGGAAAGUGAUUAAAUUAAUCAGGAAAGUAGGAUGAUAUGUUACUUAUGUUUUACAUUUUUCUAUUUAUGUUAAACUAUAAUUUAGUUUUCAUCACAUUUAGCUUGAAUUUUAUUAAAAUAUCUUCAUCUUUAUAAGUUUCAUGAGGAUUUUUGUGUUGCUCUGUUUGGAGAAUAAUCAGAACAACGUAAAAACUACUUGAAAGAUUUAUUUUUAAAUACGUUUUGAAUUUUUUUUUUACUUAAAUAAAUAAACAGAUGAAAAGAAUAUAUUGAUACAGACUUUAGGAAAUUUGCCCAUUCCAAUCCAAAUGAAUAAUAAUCCAGCUUCCAUCAAGGUCCUGCAUGGUUUCCACUCUUUUAAUAAAAUGAUUCUUAUUUUGUUUCAAAAAAUUAUUUUCUAACUUCACACGUUAUUUACAAUCACAUUCUGUUUCUCUAAAGUGUUUGAACAAUGAAUUCAAAGCUCUAGAGUAAUGAAUAAUGAGUUAACAAAAGUGUUUAUUCCUACAAUGAUCUAUUUACACGGUAUUGUCCAUCUGGUGAAUUUAUCAGUGACAUUUCAUCAGGAUAUUCACCUCUACCUGGGCUGCCACCUUACCAUGGUGGAGGGGUUCGAGUGUCUCAAUGAUCAUAGGAGCUAAGUUGUCUGAGGUUUUCUGCCUCUGGUAGGGUCACUCAUGGCAAACAGGUCCUAGGUGAGGGAUCAGACAAAGAGCAGCCUGAAGACCUCUUAUGAUGAAUUAUAUAAAUGGAAACCAUGAUCCCUCACCCGGACGUGGGUCACCGGGGCCCCCCUGUGGAGCCAGGCCUGGAGUGGGGGCACGUUGGCUAGCUCCUGUUGGCUGGGCUUCCACCCAUGGAGCCCGGCUGGGCACAGCCCGAAGAGGAAACGUGGGUCCCCCUUCCCAUGGGCUCACCACACGUGGGAGGGGCCAAAGGGGUCGGGUGCAGUGUGUGACGGGUGGUAGUCGAGGGCGGGGACCUUGGCGGUCUGAUCCUUGGCUACAGAAGCUGGCUCUUGGCACAUGGAAUGUCACCUCUCUGGAGGGGAAGGAGCCUGAGUUGGUGUGUGAGGUUGAGAGGUUCCGACUAGAUAUAGUCGGACUCACCUCAACACAUGGCUCUGGCUCUGGAACCAGUUUCCUUAAGAGGGGUUGGACUUUCUACCACUCUGGAGUUACUCCCACUGAGAGGCGCCGAGCAGGGAUGGGCAUACUAGUUGUCUCCCAUCUCGGUGCCAGUACGUUGGGGUUUACCCCAGUGAAUGAGAGGGUAGCCUCCCUCCGCCUACAUGUGGGGGGACGGGCUCUGACUGUGGUCUGUGCUUAUGCACCAAACUACAGUUCAGACUACCCACCCUUUUUGGAGACCUUGGAGGGGGUGCUGGAAAGCGCUCCUUCCGGUGACUCCCUCGUUCUGCUGGGGGACUUUAACGCUCACGUGGGCAACGACAGUGAGAGCUGGAGAGGUGUGGUUGGGAGGAACGGUCCCCCUGAUCUCAAUUCGAAUGGUGUUUUGUUAUUGGACUUCUGUGCCACUUAUGGAUUGUCCAUAAUGAUCAUCAUGUUCAGACAUAAAGGUGUCCAUAUGUGCUCUUGGCACCACGAUACCUUAGGCCGCAGCUCGAUGAUCGACUUUGUUGUUGUUUCAUCUGACCUGCGGCCGCAUGUCUUGGACACUCGGGUGAAGAGAGGGGCGGAGCUGUCAACUUUUUAUUUAUUUAUUUAUUUAUUUAUUUUCGGCUCUUGGAGAGCACAGACGCUUUUUUCCUCCUCUCCUCCCUAUCUUAUCCCAAGGCUCUUUGUCUGUCUUUGGGUGUAUGGUGCUUCUGCAUUUUUUCUAUAAACUGGAAAUUAUUAAAAAUGGACCUGGCCAGUUGGUCUCAACGCAAUUGACAAGAUUUUCUCAACGAUGAGAACGGGAGAAGGGGCUCCCGGGUGCCCCUCUGGGACAGAGCCAGUUGGGCAUAUCAUGGACUCCUGGAAAAUGUGGAACCUGAUCUGUUUCUCCCAACUGUCCGUAGACGAUUCUGAAGACGUAUGGAUAUCCGUUGUGUUGGUGUCAGGUUUCCUGCUUUUUGGCCUGAGUGGUUAUCUGGCGUACCGGAAAAUUAAUGAGCUGUCAAGGAAUAUUGGCUCAAUCCCGGAGCUCAGGGAUGGAUUACACAGUGCUGUGAACGCACAGACUCAUAUAAUUGUUGAGAUGAGUUGUAAGCUUGGAACUUUGGCUGAGAUUCAGACUCUGGCACAGAAGGUGGAUUCGAUCAUGGAGCGAGUUGACGGGUCAGCACGGAUUGGGAUUGAUUAACUACGCCAUUAUUGGAUUGAGAGGAGUUGAGGACACAUGGAACUUUAAGACAGAGAGGAAAUUAUCUCUGUCUGGCCCCAAAACAAGUUCUUAUCUGAAUCUGGUGCCCUUGAGACUGUCUGAAGCGAUAACUCCCCCUCAGAAGAAAUGUAGAAUGUUGCCGUUGCCAUGGCAACUCUGUCUUCCUGUCCCAGCCUGGGCGGGACUGUGACCGGUGAAGGCCGUUGAAUCGUUCCAGGAGUCACUGUGCUCUCUAAACCCAACAACCUCCCUCCCCUGUCCAAACGGAGGUGACGAGCGUUGCUUAUCGUGGCUGCAUGCAUUGACGUUUGGAAAGUCCUCUACCUUACCCCCCCACCUAGUGGACACUUAUGUUGUGUAAUGUCUGAAGUCUGUUGCAUUUCUGUCUGAGGUGUUUUUUGCAUAGCAAAGCUGCCCUCCCUGUGGAGGGUAACUCUGAAGUGCCGUUUUUUCCUCCACCUGACUCAAUCCUCAUAUAAACCCCUCUGGUCUCUAUUAAGGUGGCGCGACUCGGGUUGCGAAUGACCACAGUCACCAAUUCUUGUCAUGUGUCUUUGUCUAUGUAUGUAUGUCUGAUCCAAGAAUUGUGUGUAUUGAAACUCUAAUUUCCCUCAGGGAUUAAUAAAGUAUCUUUGAAUUAGAAUUUUGAAUUUGAACUGGUGAGUUGGCUCAGAUGGUGGGGGAGGAUGCCGGUCAGACCAGGCAGGCCCAAACGCAUCGCAAGGGUCUGCUGGGAACGUCUGGCAGAGUCUCCUGUCAGAAGGAGGUUCAAUUCCCACCUCCGACAGAACUUCCAAAAUGUUCGGGGGAGGCGGGGGACAUUGAGUCUGAAUGGACCCUGUUCCGUGCCUCCAUUGUUGAGGCGGCCAACUAGAGCUGUGGUCGCAGGAACGUCGGUGCCUGUUGUGGUGGCAACCCCAGAAUCAGCUGGUGGACACUGGCGGUUAGAGAUGCUGUCAAGCUGAAG